AACUCCGAAUUAAUCAAAACACAAAUGGCAUUUUUCGAUAAUUGGGGUUAGUGAAAAAGAAAAAGAAAAAGAAAAGACGCCUAAAAAACGUACGGCCAGCGUUUGCCUACUUAUAAUAAGAGACACUCCUUAAUGAAGUUCUCCUCUUCAACGACGAGGAAACAACCGGGGCCAAUUUCGUUGGCGGAAUACCUGAAUACUGUUGUAAAUGGAAGUUCUGUUAUCGUCGUUGAUGCCCAACCUUGCUUCGACGGCGACCACGACGACGUCAUUGUUAGGUUCGAGUGGCACUUAUUCUUCUUCUACUGUAAAGCUAGUGUGUGAGUUUCCGGCGAGGAAGCGCAGAGUCAGUCUGGAUGUAGAACGAUUUACAAUACGCUGCGCAAAGGCUUCCGCGGAGCGGAGCAGUGAAGCGAUCGAAGAGGUAGAGAGCACGCGCGGAUUCAGUGGAAGCGCUAUGGAGGUCACUACGCUGGACCGCGGCUUCGGUGAUGCCAGGGAUUACGCUGUUUGGGAGAAGAUUGGUGCUGUUGUUAGACUUAGCUAUGGAAUUGGGAUAUACGGAGCAAUGGCUUUAGCAGGGAGAUUCAUAUGUUCAGUCACUGGAAUUGAUUGCAUGGGUGGUUUUGAUCUAUCAUUAGAUGCCAUUGUUGAAGGACUUGGCUAUGCAGCUCCUCCAAUCAUGGCCCUUCUCUUCAUACUAGAUGAUGAAGUUGUGAAGUUAUCACCCCAUGCUCGUGCUAUUAGAGAUGUGGAGGAUGAGGAAUUGAGGAGCUUCUUUUAUGGAAUGUCUCCUUGGCAGUUCAUAUUAAUUGUUGCUGCCAGUUCUGUUGGAGAGGAGCUUUUCUACCGGGCUGCUGUUCAGGGAGCAUUGGCUGAUAUAUUCCUGAGGGGUACUGAUUUGUUGACAGAUUCUCGAGGAAUGGCAUCCCUUGUAUGUUUCCUGUUCUAUGGGUCCUUCUUUCUUCAAUGUAGUAAUACCUAGGCCUUAAUUUUGGUGGCCCCAUGAUGUUAUACCAGAAACAAGCUUUUCCACUUCAUAUACACUUACCCUUCUGUCCGUAUGUUUUAGAGACAUUGAAUUGAAAAGAAAAUAGACUAUACCGGGAGGGUAAGUUUACAAAAUGUGGGGUGGUAAAGUUUAAUUUCAGGACAGCCAAUGGUGUGUUCAGUCAUACUGAAUUUUCUUUUUUCCAACUAAAUGAUGCUACCUUUUUCCAAACUGUAGACUGGCGUGCUGCCUCCUUUUGUGCCAUUUGCUCAGGCAUUUGCAGCUGUCAUAACAGCUGCUCUUACAGGUUCUCUCUAUUAUAUGGCUGCAUCUCCAAAAGAUCCUACUUAUGUAGUUGCACCAGUUUUAGAAUCGCGCUCUGCUCGUGAAGAAGUUAAGAAGCUGUUUGCAGGUUCCAGCUUUGCUGUAUUUUUUAUUUCCCUUAAUUUUUCUUCUUGUUUUAGUCUGCAUUAGCCAGCUAUAUGUGCAUUUGAGUCUACUACCCUCACUUUGAUUAUUGCGGUAAUGGGUCCAGUUACAUGAUUAAUUCAUUCUUUUGGUUGGAAUUUGGCAAUACGCUAAGGUGUAAGAAUCUAAAAGCAAACUAUUCUAAAGAGGAAAGAACUUAAAAGGACAAAAGGAAACAAGAAUACGCCUCUAGAUCUUCACUGGAAGGUCUGUGUCCUAGAAAUUGUUGGGAGAGUGGCUUGCAUAAAUAGAGAAGUGAUACUUCUAGAUGCUGUCUUUCACCUUGUAAGCAACUACCAAAGUUUCCACUUUCCAAAGUAUUCAUUUCUUACCUUCUCUGUUAAACAUUUUGCAGCCUGGUAUGAGAAGAGACAAAUGAAAAAGAUCUACUCCCCUCUUUUGGAAGGACUGUUGGCCCUCUACCUUGGCUUUGAAUGGAUCCAGACGGAUAACAUUCUUUCUCCCAUGAUUACACAUGGUAUAUACUCUUCCGUUAUAUUGGGACAUGGCCUUUGGAAGAUACAUGACCAUCGCAGAAGGCUACGCCAGAGAAUCCAACAGCUUAAUUCAGAAGGAAAGAACUCAAGUAAACUGCAGAGGAGGUCUUGAUGGACAAUAACAGAGCAUGGAGGAAACUUGUAUAUUACAUGCAGAGCCGAUUGUACAUUAUGAAUUCUGUAUAAUGUAGAAAUAUGUAUACAAUCAGUAUAUUCUGAGGAAAUCUGUAACAAGCACAUAUGAUGUAUACAUAGACGCCGAAAAAUCAAAGCCUUUUAUUUGG